CAGAAGUCGUCCGAUGCACAGGUCUCUCAGGACUUGUGUCACUAUAAACAGUUUACCCCAGGAUUCGUGCUCCUGGCUAGGUGCGGUUUAAUAGGUCCCUUUGUGGUUAAAUGAAUAGUGUGGUUAUUUUUUUUCUGCUUUUGCUACUUCCUUUUCAAAUUGAGUGAUUUUGGAAUUAACUGAGGCGAUAAAGUGAAUGAGAGGAUAAAACCAUUAAAUUUAAAAAGUGCUACGAGAUAAAAAAAUGUGGCAAUUGAUAAAGAAGGAAGAAAAUUAAAUUGGAUCCAAUAGGAAGUCUCUUAGGAUGCUGCAUAAAUGGUUAACGUUGACACUGGUGUGGCCAAAUAAAGAAAAGCUGGCAAGGAUAAAAUUUAAAUGAUAAUACUAACCGUUGGUUAUUCAUUGUGUGUAGGAAGAAAACACAAAAAAAACUGUAAAAGAAUACAAUCAAUUUGCUGUUGAUUUAACAGUUCCUUACAUCUAAUGGAGAAGCAAAAAGUGUCCCAGUGUGUCAUAAAUCGACGGACUCUAAAAUCAGUGUCGUAAAUCUAACGGGAUUGGGAUUUGUGAGUAAUUGAAUGAAUCUUGUUGGCAGUAUUUUGUGAUCCACUGUGGACUACAAGUUAGUAAAAUCGGAGCAGUAUAUUAAGGAUCAAAUUAUGAUAAGCAGUGUUUACUUUUUGCAACUGUCGAGAAACUUUAACUGUUUGUUUCGGAGUUGGAUCAUUGUAUUGUACAUUUUGCAAGGUUGUGCCAUGAUGCAUACCGGAAUGAUAUCCAUCAAAGAGAACAGAGAUAUGAUUCUACGAACAAUGUUCUACCUGCUCACCCCACACACGCCGGGUUAUAAAAACUCGUUGCAAGCAAAAUCAAGCCAAGAAAGCAGCAGUGAUAAUCAAAAUGGUGUCAGCAGUAGUGAUAGCAACGUAGCAUCCGACGACAGUGUGGUGUUUGAUCUCGACAGUGAAAGUGAGGACUUGCUAAAAUAUUACAAAACACCGAUGCAGUUUGGGACGGAAAACUCUACGGUUUCGAUAUCGCAAGUUGGGUCGACCGCACACAUACCUUGUCGGAUACACCACAUCGGCGAGGGAGUGGUAUCCUGGAUUAGGAGAAAGGAUUACCAUCUACUUACAGUUGGACUAACGACCUAUAGCAGUGACGAGCGGUUCAGUGCAACUCAUUUACAAAAUUCUGAGGAUUGGACACUACAGAUUAAAUUCGUCCAAGACCGGGACGCCGGUUGGUACGAGUGUCAGGUUUCAACACAUCCACCGACGUCCAUCUUUCUGGAGCUGCAGGUGGUCGAGGCGCGUGCUGAGAUAGUCGGUCCGCAGGUUAAAUACUUGACGCCUGACUCUACACUUAAAUUAAUCUGCCGAGUUGUGCAGAGUACGGAAGCUUCAGCUUUUAUAUUUUGGUAUCACAACAAUCGGAUGAUAAACUACGAUGGCGAUCGAGGUUUUAAUGUCUCUACUGAGGCAGACUACCACUACUCAGAGUUAAUAAUAAAUCACGCAUCUAAGGAACAUUCUGGCAAUUACACUUGCGUUCCAAGCAACUCGCAGCCAGCUAGUGUUGUUGUGCACAUAUUUAAAGGUGAUCAUCCAGCCGCAAUGUAUCAUGAACAUCGCAGCGCCGCUAUUGAUCCACAUCAACACGUUUGGCUAGCCGUGUUUCUUCUUUGCGUUGAUACAAUAGUCUACUUUGCAUCAUUUUUCUAAAUGUUACCACCGGAAAGGAUUAUUGCAUCAUUAAAUAUGCAUGUAGAAGUUUUGGAGAAUUUAUCAGUUAGGAAUAUUAUCUAAUGAAAAAUAAAAACUGUGUAUCUUAACAAUCAUUCCAAACAACAAGUGAUUGAUUUGAUUUGAUUAAUCUUUCAAUGGUUUAUGGUCUUGUCAUAAACAUGAAAGUGGAACAUAAUAAUUCAUUCAAGACCAACAUUCAAAUGUUCUUCCAGUAAUUUGGUACUGAUCUCAACACUUUGUGAGUUUUGUCUAGUAUUUCGACAUGUUGAAAUAUUUUUGUUGUGUAAAUAUAUAAAUAUUGAACGUUUUUGUAA